AUGCGUCCAUCUAGUGUCGCGCAUGAAAUAGCCAGAGGCGCAUGCGCAGAGGUUUCUAUGGUUACCGGACGCUCGAGAGCAAAAAUGCCGUCCCAGACAAAAAAGUCUUCCAAAAAAGGCCACAAGCUGACCAAGGCCCAGCGAGCAAGGCAGCAACAAGAGGAGGAGGAGAGGAAGCUGCGAGAAGAAGAAGACGCUCGGCUGCAGGCAGAAAGACAAGAACAGGAGAGACUCAGGAGGGAGCAGAAGGAGAGGGAGGUUCGGCGGCUGGAGCUGAAGGACGAGGAGCGCAGAGACGGGGAGCUGGAGGAGCUGCGCCUCCUCCUGCAGGAGAACCAGGAGAAAGUAACUCGAUGGAGAAGCGAGGCCGCAGAGACCGCCAAGUGGGAGCGAUACAUGCGCUGCGACGGCACUCCAGACCUGACUGAGCGGCGCCACGUCAACACCUACAUCAGCCUGUGGAGGGAUGACCCCGAGGUCAACAUCUCUCAGGUCCUCCAGCAGUGCAGCUGUGCUCUGCAGCUGACUGAGGAGCUGGAGGUUUUGCUGGAAGAAGUUUCUGAUCCUGAAGAGGCAGAAAAGCUUCAGGAGAGUUUUGUGAAUCUGCAGGAGAUAAUCCACCUGAAACUCAAUCUGGCUGCUGAGGAAAUCCUUAAGGCAGCCAAUAAAAACAUCGACCCCGAAACGGAAAACAUGCAAACGGUGAUCACGGAUGACAACGUAACUCUGUGUCUGUGGGCCAACCUGAGGAAGAGAAUGAGGUUUAAGGGUUUCCACUUUGAGAAAGCAGGUCUUAGCUUUGAGCUCCCCAAGUCUCUGGCUGUGAAGGACGUCGCGAUUGGGAUCCUCCACACGCGCUACGACCACUUGUCCGUACUGGCCAGGAUGACUCACAAAGCGACACACGAGUCUGGCAGCAGUUCUCCCAUGAGGAGCAAAGGUCUGGGAGGUGUGGCCUCAUCUGUGUUGGAGAAGAAAGAGAUCCUAAAAGUGGAAUCAGAUGAGACACAGUCCACCCCCGGGUCAGAGGACGGGAAGAGUACAGAAAGUCUGCAAUCAUCUAAAACCACUUCCGGCUCUUUGGAGAGCAGGAGAAGCCACAUUCUCACUCAGAUGGAGAUGAUUGAAGAUAACAGCCACCUGACUGAAUCCCGGCUCACAGAGAUGGGCUCUGAUGAGGUGGUUGAUCUACUGAAAUACUCGCCUCUGGGCGGCGUUUUCUACUAUGGCGUGUUUCAUCUUCCUCCUCAAGCUCAUCUGAUUGUGGACUCGGGGUUGAAGGCGUUUCCCUACACUGCGGAGACAUCCAGCUCAGAUGACAGCGAGGCCCCCAGUGACCCUCAUGUGGGGGUGUCUGUGACUCUGCCCGACUGGGCGCGGUUCCUGAAAACGCCGAAAGUGGCCCUUUGGGACGCUGCAGGAACGCGGUGGGUGGGCGGAGUCAUGGACCUGACCUAUCAGGAGACCGAAGCCAAAGUGUCCUUCAGGAUGCCCUCCUUUCGACCGUUUGUGCUGAUGCAGGAAACGUACGCCAACCUCCCGUUUCAGAGCUGGGAGCUCCGAGCGCUGAGCGACAACUCCGCCCUGUUCUCCAUCAGCGGCGCUCUCCUCCACCUCAGCAUCACCGUACAGGAAAACCUGUGCAUGCUGCAGUCGGAUCAGAGGAAAGGCUUGGCUCACAUCCUGGGGAGGUGGAUGAGCAGAGCCGCCCUGCAGAGAGCCAUGACCAAAGCUGGGCUCCACAUCUUUGUGAACGAACACACCGACCGAUACGUCCACACCUGCAGGAAGAACCCGACCACAGAGCACGCCGCCUAUCAGCAGAUGGCUCUGCUGGCAUCGGCCUGUGCGUUCUCCUGGAGCAAAUGGAACACACAGUGUGGAGACGAGCACCUGGUCAUGCAGGUGUGUGAGCACCUGCCCCCCACCGCCGUACCUGCAGGACGGUGGAGCCUGUACCUGUUGGGAGCUCAGAGGGUCCAAAGGCUGGAGGCCACGGAGAACAGUGAGACCUUCUCCUUGGAUCAUCAUCCUGACAGCGAGUUCCACUCCACCUUGGUCCACAUGCUUCGGGACACCAUGAGUCCGGACGGAGCGGCCAGAACCAGAGAGUCCGGUUACCGGUUCGUGGAGGCCGUGCAGAGCCUCCUCUGUUCCACCAGACCGCUGCGGUUUUCCUCUUGAUGUGAAAAGGUUUGAACAGAACAGAAGGGCCGUCAGGUGGAACAGGCUACUUUAUUUGUGCAAAGACCCGUGCCAUCUUUGGACCGUACAAGUGUAGAAGUUACAGAAAACAGUAAAAACAAACUUUGAUGCUGAAAUUCUUAUGAGUAGAAUCUGCAGAAAAGGUUCAGAUCCCUGAAGCUGCACAGUUUAAGGGAAAAAGUAGAUCAAGUUUCCUUCAGAAACAAACAAACUCUUAAAUAUUCGGACACUUUCAUAACUCUGUCCUCAGUGUUUCUACCAGACUUAUAAAAAAAUCCUCCGUGUUCAAAGAGGAAACGGUUAAAUAAAAGCGCCAUCGUCAGA